GCAACUGCCUUCAGCCACUUGCGAGAUGGCUACGUGCGGUUUUGUCCUCCUGUUUAAAUUAAAAGGGGUCAAAAGAAAACAGAGAGAGGGACUCGAGAGUGGAUUGUGGAUUUGAGAGAAUGGGGUCUUGGUCUCCAGUGUACACUCCGUUUGGCGGAGGAAAAGCUCCUGCUAAGUGACAUUGAGUGACAUAUCCAGUAACUCGUGGGUUUCCAGUUCCAGUUCUGAUUUCCUGGUUGAUAUGCGCACAUGGCACGGCAGUGGCAUAUAAUAAUGCGAACCGCGAUCUUAUUAACUGCCUCAGCAUCUCACUCGGCCUCUACAAGGUCCUUAUAUAUUCUGCCCUGUCGACUGACGGUCACUUCCGCCUUCGCAUUGCUUGUUCAUAGGGCUAGUCAACUUGGCAUCACCCCCGCGUUCCUCGGAGCUCGGGGAAUACCUAACGUCAAACAAUCAGCAGACGGGGAAGGAUUUUCUUUUCUUUUUCUUCUUUUCCUUCUAAGCGUACGCAUAGUUUUCGCCUCCCCGAGAAACCUCCAAGACCCCAGCUGGACGGGUGCGGCGCAGCAAAUUCCCCACCAAACAGCCCACAAAACAGGAUCAGUCAGCAACCCACCGCGGGGCAGCCGAUUCGGAGGUUCCGGUCUGCGAAGGCUUGGUUGGAUAACACACUGCCACCACAAAAAGUCGCCACCGAUCGUUUCCCAACUCUCGAUUCACCUAUCGCGGCACCCAAUUAUAUUGAUCACGGGCCAUUCUCCGAGCCGCAUUCGCUGCCCAGUCUCCUCUAGACCGGACGAGCCACGCGUUGAGCUUGAUCUUUGCGACGUCAAGGGCGCUUUUCCGCAACGCGAGAGAUAUCUCUACCACAUUGCACACCCAUAACACUUGCCUGCACAUGCCGCCCACGAGAUAAAACAGAAACACGAAGUAGCAGCACCAAACAUUUCUCUCGCUCUGACGGAUCACGGUACGAUGUCCGGCCACUAUGACGCAGACUCGGUACCCUCAACACCAGACGAGCUGUUCGAUU